AUGGAAAGAUUGAACUGGUUGGUGGAAUGCUCCGCGUUCGUCCUCAUGCUCGGAAUUUCCAUGGUGAUCGGUUUGUAUUAUGGAUUCGUGGAGGGCAAACAGAACACCAUCAGUGAGUACCUGCUGGGCGGUAAGCAUAUGACAGUUUUCCCGAUCACCAUGUCGCUGAUUGCCAGUCAUAUUUCUGGAAUCACGCUCCUUGGAGUUCCGUCUGAAAUCUACAGCAAUGGGACGCAAUAUUUAAUCGUCGGUCUUGUAAAUGUAUUUGUUAUUAUCAUUGUCAUUUACAUAUAUCUACCUGUAUUUUAUGAACUUCAAUGUACAUCUAUCUAUAAAUAUUUAGAACUUCGAUUCAAUUCUAAGAUCCGAGGAAUCGGGUCAUUGAUUUUUGCAACGUCUCUAAUAUUUCAAUUACCAGUGGUGAUAUAUGUGCCGGCCUUAGCGUUCAACCAAGUUACCGGUUUGAACGUGCACUUGGCAACUCCAAUAAUAUGCGGCAUAUGUAUAUUUUAUACAACUAUUGGUGGACUGAAAGCCGUCGUAUGGACAGAUGCUAUUCAGAGCAUUUUCACUACUGCUUCAAUACUGAUUGUUAUCGUCUUGGGAUUCAUACAAGUUGGUGGGCUUAGUAACACGAUCAAAGCUAACCAAGAAAGCGGUCGUAUAGAAUUUUUCAGAAUGGACCCGGAUCCGUUUUUGAGAAGUACGUUUUGGACUGUUGGUAUUGGUACGAUUUUCCAAUGGAUACCACAAUUAGGUAUGCAUCCAGGUGCCGUUCAACGGUUUGUGGCAUUGCCCUCAUAUAAAAAGGCUCGUAACGCGUUGAUAUAUUUUCUAAUUGGUAUAGCCGUAGUAAAAAUAUUAACUGGUGCUAUUGGACUAUUAAUUUACACCAAGUACAAAGAUUGUGAUCCCAUUUCGGCUAAUUUUAUCAGUAGUGACAAAAAUUUACUGCCAUAUUUUGUGAUAGACGUCGCUGGGAAACUUCCAGGUGUCACUGGUUUAUUUAUAUCUGGUAUCAUUAGUGCCGCAUUAAGUACAAUGUCAGCACAACUCAAUACCGUAUCGGGCACGAUUUAUGAGGAUUUUAUUGUAAAAUUCUUGAGCGUCAACGUUUCCGAGUUGACGGCAAGUUUUAUUAUGAAGUGUAUCGUUGUAGUAAGUGGUGUAAUAUGUGUGGCUCUAGUCGUAGUGGUCGAAAAGUUGAACGGUAUUAUACAGAUGGCAAUAAGUUUGAGCAGCAUGACGAACGGAGCGUUUGUUGCUGUAUUUACAUUAGGGGUUUGUUUUCCUUGGGCUAAUUCUAGAGGUGCAUUAAGUGGGAUGUUGGCUAGUUUUGGGAUAGUGCUUUGGAUUGUGUAUGGUUCUCAGAUGGCAAUAUACAAUGGUGAUUUGAAGUUUGUCGAGAAGAAUGUUUCGAUUGCUGGAUGUCCACCUGAUACACAAUUUAAGACUCAUACUAAUUAUUCGGGGUUAUAUCGAAUGAACGAAGAUGUAUAUGUGAGUCCAAAUGUGUGGAAGAUUUACACAGUUUCAUACAUGUAUUACACUCUUAUAGGCACUCUUACAGGAAUAGCAGUUGGACUCGUAGUUAGUUUGCUAUUUCCUGACGAACAGGAAGUAGAUCCCAAAUUAUUGACUCCGUUCAUCAGGAAGUUUAUGUACCCUAAAUAUAUGUCGAAGGAAAAAUUGAACAAAGUUAAGAUAGAAGAAUACAAGCUAGUGUCUCAGGACACUAAAUUAUGAGGGCUACACAAGUACUUAUAUAACAGUGUUCAUAAUUCCACCAGAAACGAGUUCUAAAAUAUUAUUUUCAAGACAAUAAAUUAAGUAUUUUAAUAUGUUAUGUUAAGUAUAAAAACUUUAUU